AUGGAGAUCAGUAAUAUGGGUCCGGCUUCUGGAAAGAGUCCUUUAUCGACGCUUUCAAGCGUAAGAGAGCCUUUAUUUUUCCCUUAUUGAACGAGUUUGAGUAGGGUCACUUUCGAACUGGGUAGUGGUUAUAAACGAACCUAUAGAUAAUAUCAUAGAUAAUAUCAUUUCAGUUGCAGUGAUGAAUAACAAUGUCCGAACUUUAAGAGCAGGUGUUUAUCCCUCUGGCUGGGUUUGAAGUUGAUUUUUGCUAAAAAAAAAUAUCUAGACAGAAUUUAGUACAAUUUUAACCUUUUUUCUUUCGCUGAAAGCAAGAAAUCUUUGCAUCCACAGAGUACAAAAAAUGCUGGUUUCGAUUUUGAAUUUUUUUUGCUAUAUUUGAUCAGCUCAGUUGUUUGCCAGUGACUAUCUGCAUAUUUAAAUUCAGGGCUGAUUUCUUGUUUAUUUACAGGUCGAUUGUCGCUUCAUUUUAGUGAAAAUCUUAUUAUAAAUAACUGGCGAACCAUAAUACUCUUAACUAACUGAAAGUUCAUGGAUUUAGAGUGAGAUAAAGGUUUCUCGUGUGGAGAAACAGAAAUUUUACACAAAUUUAGUAUACACAUUUACUUUAAGGUCUUAAGGUGUCAGACAUUCAAAACACUUCCCAGUAUUUCGUAUUUAUAGCACGCCCAAGUAUGUUAUGCGAAAAUCGUAUUUGUAGAACUCUUUUCUAAACGCGUACCAAGGCAAAAAAACUUUAGAUGAUAAGGUGGAAACUACUUAAAUGUGUCAGUAUAGGAAAUCGCACUAAGAAAAUCCCAGCCAUGUCACAAAUUUCGUAUAUUUAAGAUUGCCUGACGCUAUCGCACGUUCAGAACUUACCUGAGAAUUCUUGCAUUUGUUUCUUCUUGUCCGUCGAAUUUCCUGUUUAAUUUUGAAAAAGAGAGUAGUUCAACAGGAGGGAAAACUGUUGUCCCCGACUAGUUAUGAUUUACGAAUUCGCUUUUUCUUAUUUCAGGGAAAAGACUAAGAUGAAAACCGGCAUGUAUCAAACAUUUUUUGCGCGAUCUCCAGCUGAUUUUGAAUUCUACCGAUGAGUGCUUCGCUUUGCAAAAUAUUUUGUCUCGUGGUUAUUACAGAUUUACUUCAGACCGAAGGUACGUCAUCGAUCCUAAACCACCUUGACUGUUGUUAUUCGAAGGGUCCUUAAGGAACAGAUGGUAUCAAUUUUCUUUGGAAUGUGUCCGCUGGUGUCCUGGUUUCUACUUUAAAGAAUGGAAGUCGUUUUUUCACCGCUUUUUCGAUCGUAAUCACCCAUUCCCAUCUACCCUAACAGCGGAGCAUAGUUUAAUAUCCUUUUACGAAUCUCAUUCUUGUUAUUUUGCUAUUCCAAAAGAGAGCUUUUGUAUUUUCUAUUCCAUGCGCAUUGGCUCGUAGCACAUGAGCCCAGAUUCCCUGUAAAAGAAUUAUUGAGGUGGGUUAACCUUAAGUAAACUAAACGUGACAGAGUGAAGAUUCUGCUUUUGAGACAUUACAGAAAAAUAUAUUUAUAUAUUCUUCAACACCAACAAUUUGUUGAAAGUUACUCAGAGCUUUCGGAACCCAUCGAGAUUCCUUCAUCAGCGAUGACGGUUUGUGGUUACUCGCCGCCUUGAUUUGAUCAUGAUGCUGCAAUAAAUAGUAAGACCUUUUUACCGAUACGGCGGCCAUAUUAAAUUUAAUAUAGGAGUAUUAUGGGAUGCCCAGGGUGCAAUCGCUGAGCAUUUACGAGCGCAUUUCAGGCAAAAAGGGAACUUCAAUGUAUAUUUCUCGAGAAAAAGGCGAUCAUUAUCGCAUCCAAACACGGCACAACGAUCUUUUUUUUCCAUAACAAUCUUUUUCUAGGAAAACUUCGCGAAAAAUUGACCCGAAAAGUGCGCGCAAAUACUGAGCGAGUAUAUCGGAUUGUGCUCAUGCCCCCUGGGCAUUCCAUAAUAUUUCUUAAAUCCAAUUAAACCAAUAAGGCCGCCUUAUCGAUAAGAAGAUCUAUUGGGGAAGGUGGUAGCCCUGAUAACGGUUCGUUCCCAUUCGCCGAUUAUGAAUAUUUAUGGCCUCGCGUAUCUUGCGUGAAAGCAGGUGGUUUUCCAGGCCAAUUAUUUUUACACUGGCACAGUCGACUGUUACUUCCGUCCUGUUAUUUACCAAGGAAAGCAGACGCACUUUUCAUGGCGAAUGGAAAAGAAAUUUUAAUUUCUUUAUAAUUUCUGACUCUCUCGUAGGUGGUAUUGUGUGCCAUUACUGCAACUCUAAAGAAGGAGAAUGCAGUACGAACUCUUUGUACGGAACGAGGGAGUACUCAUGCGGAGGAGAUUACCAUCACUGCGCUCUGUACAGGAAGGUUUUGCCCAAUGGAACUACCGCACAAGUCGUCAGAAGCUGCGAAAGAGAUUGCAACAGCCCCAUUAUCAGAUGGACAGUCGGCAAAUACCAGAAAACGUCUCACUGCAAACUGUGUUGUGACAGCGACUUCUGCAACGGUCAGCUUACGGAUCCCUGUAGCAAUUCGACUCGCUUGA